CGAUCACGUUCCUCCCAAACAAACUCUUAAACAUCAAACAAAAAAUCUCCUCCGCACCCACCUUCUUCGUCUUCCCUCGCACUGCAAUUGAAAUAGGUAAAUAGAAUCGCCGACUCCACGAUUGUUAAUGUAUGCAUCAAUGAUGGAUCGAGAAGAUCACAUACCUUUUUUGCUGGACGAAAGAUUGAAAAGAGAGCACCCCAAUUUCUUACAUCAAUUACUUCCCACUCAGUUCGCACACUCAACACUCUUAUCAUUCCUCUCUUCGCUUUCUUCUCUCAUCGCCAACAAGAACUAUUGAUCAAUCCCAAAUCUGUAAUCCAAAGACCACACGACCAACCAAAAUUCUAACCCACCUCCACAUUGAGAAACCCAUCCCUCCACCAACUUGGACUAGUUCACUAGUACAUCAGUAACUUGCUUCGUUCUUUGGUGCAGAAUACUCCUCAAAACCUCCACCUUCUCUCUAGCUUUCCAUCAUCUUCUUCACAGGGCUGCCGCCGACACCACUCUAAUGACCGGCGGUGGCCCAAAUUCUCUCUUUUUUCUUCCUUUCUCUUGCUCGCCGGAUUUCCUUUGUGGUUUCCUUGCUCUCCGAUCAGUGCUGGCUUUUCCUGUUUCCUUUGCCCUUCUCGGCUUUUGCAGAUCUAUUCUGAUUUUCCAGCCCUCGAUGGCUCUUCCAGCCCUUGGUGGCUUUAUCUCGGUUCCUUAGUGGUUCCUCCCACUUUCCUCCCUGGUGGAGAUGUUGUGUCUUGUUCAGAUCUAGUUUUCUAGAUCUGUUCCUCUGUUUUGGGUACAGAAGAUGCAAUUUGGGGGUGCUUCUGCUGGUUCGGUUUGAAGAUUUCCUCCUUCUUGGUGUGGUCGUUCCCGUGGGCGAUCACGUUCACUGUUGCGCCUCUGCUGUUGUGCUCCUUGCUUGAUCUCUGCAUCUUUGCCAAUCGUCAGUGUGGGUGGCGGUGUCUCUUCCGAUUGUCGUGGCGGAUGGUCCAUGUUUCUAUGAGAUCAGAGUUCUUCUUUUGGGUUGAUUUGCAGUGUGGGUGUGGGUUGUUGUUGAUGGAUUGGGUUGUGCUGCUUGUUGGUGUUCCUGUUCUUGGAACUCUUUUUGGCUUUGUGUUUCUGCAGGUGAGGCUCAUGCUGGUGGGUCUUCUUUCUUGUGGUUUUUGUGGGCAUUUCAACCCUUUGUGUUCCCUGCUCUCUGGUUUGUCAUGGAUGCUUCCGCUGCCGGCUCCCUCUCUUUGUUUCAGCUCUGAACAAUCCUGUAUAGUGCUGCCCACCGCCAUGUAAUCUCCUCGGUGAUUCACUGUGAUGGGUCGUCUUCGAACAACUCCCAGGAGGCGGCAUAUGGUGUUGCAAUGUUCAAUCAUCAUGGUCAUUGCUGUAUUGGAUGAGCUGAAGCUUUCCUUUGAGUUUUUCUGAUAAAUGAGGUUGCAAAGAGUGAUUCAGAUGCUUUGGUUUGCGGUUCAAGAAUAGAAUGCCCUUGUCUAGUUGGAUCAUGCUUGGCUUUCUCUUGUUCUGAUCUUCCCCUCGUUGGUUUGUGUGUUCCUCUAGAUGUUGAGGUUGUUCUUUCUUGAUUUGUUUUCUCAUGUUGUAUCCCUCUUUGUAACCGAUUUUAUUAGUUGAGCAAUAUAAGUGAUCCCUUUGUCAAAAAAAACCAUAACAUUUCUCCACAUCCACUCAACGCCUCGCUAAGUACGUAUCUACCGAAUGCUUGGGAUUUUUCCAGAAAUAGCAUCUUUAAAAAAAAAAUUACAAAAAUAGCACCCAUCCGUAAAAAUUUACACUAAUAGCACCCUUUUUAAUAGAACGCACCUUGAAGAUGCGUUCCAAUAAUCUGGACUCAAAUCGCACUUUAGCCAAGCGAUUUUAGGUCUGACCUAGUAAAAUCGCAUGGCUGAGGUGCGAUUUUAGGUCUGACCUACUGAAAUCGCAUGGCCAAGGAGCGAUUUUAAGUCUGACCUAGUAAAAUCGCAUGGCCGAGUUGCGAUUUGUUACUGCCAGACAAAAUCGCACCAUGAGGAUGCGAUUUUAACAUGCAAACCGCACCUUAAAGGUGCGGUUUUGGUCAAUCAAUUUCCGACAUACCAUGCAGACGUUAUAGACGUGGGUCUGCAUGGGCCUGCAUGGCAGACGAAAAUCGCAUCUCUAAGGUGCGGUUUUCAUCAGUGAUUUUGCCUAUAAAAGGCCUCCCGGACAACCAUUUCUCUUCACACCUCUCCUUCUCCCUUCCCUUUUCAAUUUUCUGUUGUAACUCUAUAUUUCUUUAGUAGUAUUGCGAUUAACGUUAACUCGUAAGUUGAUUUAGUAUUACAUAUUUCUUUAGUAGUUUUGCGAUUAACGUUAACUCGUAAGUUGAUUUAGUAUUACAUAUUUCUUUAGUAGUUUUGCGAUUAACGUUAACUCGUAAGUUGAUUUAGUAUUACCUUUUAUUGUUAAUUUUUAUUUUUUAUUUUUAUGAUAUUAACUUAACUACGAUUUUAUCGCAGAUGGAAUUCCAAAAGUUCACGCUUGGCUUACGGUGGAAUGGUUAUACGGAAGAGACUGGAAAGGAUGCCACCUACGUAGGUGGCAAUUUUCAGAAGAUAAAGGUCGCUACCAGACCGCUGCUUGAAGACCUCCAUCAAAUGUGCACUAACGUUACUUGCAUGGAUGGCACGAGAAAAGUUGAUCGUAUGGUGUACCGAUAUCCAAACAGAGAAAGUGGGUCAUUGUGGCAUGAGGAAUAUCUCAUAACCACUCAGGAUGAGGUAGACGCCAUGCUCGAAUUCAUGAGGUACAACAAUCUUUCCAAAGCCGAGAUGUUCGUUUACACUGAGCCGGUCGUAGGCGUUGGAGGUCAUUCUGGACACGGUCAAACAUCUGGUAUCCAUGGUGGAGGUGAAUUAUAUGGCGAUCAUCCCUACCAAAGUUACCAUGAUCCUCAUUCAUAUUUUCAGUACCAAGAGCAAGGUGAAGGUCAUCAUCAAUCAUAUGAAGAAGAAGUUCAACCGGACCGGCCCAACCAACCUCAGUACAACUUCCUCUCAGGCAACGGUAGUUUUCACAACUACCAUUAUGGAGCUGAUGAAGGUGCCUUUCAUGAGCUGGAUCAGAGGGAGGAUGUCAUGCCAGCACCAGUCAGUGACCCCUCCGAUGAAGAAGGAGAGAACAACGUCAGUGCAGACAGCUCCGACCCUCUUGAAGGUGCCGAUGAUUCCGGACCAGAGUCAGACUCAGCUAAUGAUGAUGAGGGGGCUCGUGACCGUGUACCAGUCCCCUACUACAAUCACAUUCCAGACGACAAUUGGAUGGUCGACAGCGACAUGGAGCCGCCAGAGGUCCCAAUAUGGGGUCCACUCACUGGGUUUAUAAAGGGCCAACAAUUUGGCUCGAAGAAGGAUGUGCGUCACGCCAUUGAGACAGAAGCAAUGACUCGACAUUUUGAAUGGCUCACAACUCAUUCCAACACUAAAAGGCUCUUAGUCAGAUGCCGUAAUCAUCACGAGGGGUGCAAUGUUAGGAUUCGGGCCAUCAACAGCAAGAGACAUGGUUGCUGGGUCAUAUCCCGUGCGGUGAACACACACACAUGUGUGUCAUCCAUAACUUCCCAAGGCCAUCGACAGUUGAAAUCCAGGGUGGUUGCUGCGGCUAUCAAGCAUCUAAUUGAGCAAGAGCCAGACCUAAAGGUGAAAGUCAUAAUCGCUGACAUUGCAAGUCGUUAUGGUUAUAUGAUUAACUAUAAGAAGACGUGGCAUGGAAAGCAGAAAGCUCUGGCCGCCGUAUUUGGUGAUUGGGAAGAAUCAUAUGCAUUCAAUUGUUUGAAAUUAAUAAAAUUCCAUUUGUACACAUAAAAAUAAAUCGUAAGGACUGUUUGGUAAAUUAUUUAAUCAUUUUGGUUGUUUUAAAUAAUUUAGUCGAAUACAAAGCAACACUCGUUAGACUCUUAGAAGAGGUAUACAUCUUCUUAGAAAAGCAGUUUUGUUGACAGAAAAGGGGGGGAUCCAAGGAUCUCUUAAUACCCGAUUUUCCCAGGGAAUGGGAGGAUAUGAUAAUCGCUUAAAACCCCAUUUCCUUAGACGUGCAUCUCUUUAUAAAGAGUCGAAGUAAGUGGCGCUAUGUAUUCGAUUAAAUUAUUGAAAACAACCAACACGAUUAAAAAUUCAACAUUAAUUUAUUUUAUAUUCCACUAAAUACAUUAACAAAAUAAAAGAAGGACAAAUGAUAAAGAAUUGUAUGUACCGGGUGAGCGUUCCAAACAUCCCUUGACCGAUGGUUGGGUUGGUCGUACAAGUCGGUUGGAUCCAACGGUCCUUGCUCGAGAUAAUACCGUUGGUUGUAAAUAUCGACGUCCUCCGCAGCCUACGAGAAAAUAACAACGAGGUUAGUACAUAGAUUAAUUAAAAAGCAAGAUAACAACAACAAAAAUUAAACCCGAAUAAUGAGUACGUACCGCUUGAAAUUCAUCAACAAAAACUCCUUCUCCUUGCCACCAAUCGGCCAUUUUUUCGGCGCAAUUCGGACAGAGCUUCGGCUCGGCGGGUUUUGAGGAAAAAACCUACGAAAUGUUUUCUGAUGGCAGAUCGGACUUUGCCGCAACCAACAGACCACUAGUUCCUAGGCUUUUGGGAGGGGGAGGGUUUAGAGAGAUAAAACUUAGAGAGAGAAGGAAGAAUGGGUUGUGGUGUGAAGAAAUGAGAGGGGAAGGGGGGCUAUCUAUAGGAUUCAGAUCGCAGGCUCCAGGGACGAGGCGGUAAUUUUGCCCCGCGCGGAUCGCAUUCUUCCAAUGCGUUUUCCGCUUCUCCAGGCGCAGAUUGCACCCUCCCAAUGCGGUUUGACUGACCUCGGCACGGAUUGCACCGCUGGCGUGCGAUCUGGGAUCCUCGGCGCGGAUCGCUCCGCUGGCGUGCGCUGAGCCGUUGGAUCGUCCGUCAAUCCGACGAUCUUGAAGAUCGUUCCGCGUCCUCCCCAAAUCGCAUCAGUUUGGUGCGUUUUAUAAUAUGGAUUGCACCCCUCUGAUGCGUUUUACAUGUAGAUCGCAUCUGUUUGGUGCGUUUUACAUUUAAAACGCAUCUUAGGGGUGCGUUCCAAAAAAUAAGGUGCUAGUUUUGUAAUUUUUUUUACAUGGGUGCUAUUUUUGUAAUUUUUUUUAAAAGUGCUAUUAUUGGAAAAAUCCCCCGAAUGCUUUGUUAUUGUUUUUUCUUCGAUCUCCUUCUUCCCUAUACAACAACUUCUUUAGGCGUCAAACAAGACUAAAAGAAUCAAACGUUUUAGGAUGCUUGAAUGUUGCCAUCUAUUUUAUUAUUUUCUUUACACGAUAAGCAUAUACAUAUCUGCUCCUUGUCUGAAUGUCGUCUACACCACUUUGAUUCUCUUCAGACAAGAUGACCUGUUCAUUCUUAAUUCCGCCGGAGAUUUGUGCCGAAUGCUCUGCUAAACUUAAUUAUCUUAAUUCUUUUUCAUCUCGAAACUAAAAAGCCGAAGCUUUUCCCAAAGGAUAAACAUGUUUUUAAGGACAUUAUAAUUACUAGUUGCUAAUUCAAGCUUGCAGAGUCAUCACUGUUAACGACAAUACACGUUGUGCAUGUGCUCUCUUGUUUGCCAUGUCUAUUAAUUUUCAAGGCGCCUUUUUCUUUGGCCUGCAUUUCCAGGAUGGAUCAGCAAGAUAAGCCGCUGUUGAAGUAUUGUAGGGCUACUCGAGAUUUUCGGAUAUUGUAGUAAUUAGUAGUGGAGUCAGAAAAUUGGUCAAUGAGGUGUUUUUCUCCGUGAAAAAUGUAAUUAUAAGUGAAGUAAAAAGUCAAUAACAAAAUACUCAAGAUUCG